AACUGAUAUUAGCCGAUUUAGCGAUGAAUUAACACUUGUAAGAAACUUUGCCUGAUAACUAAGUUUUCCUGAUAAAUAAUAUGGCUCUACUUCUUAAAUAAUAUGGCUCUAUUUGCUUGGAGAAUUGUGAUAAAACCGACAAUGUCCACUAUCACAUGCCUUUACCUAUGGUAAACACGAGUUCAUGAAAGCAAGCCAUUUCGGAUUGUACAUCCAUCGCAAUUGAUUGCUAAAUACUGUUUUGUGUACCCCAGCAUAACAAGCCGCCACGUGACUGUUCAGCUUUCGAAGAAAUGAAGUAAUUUCGCAGGCCAUUAAGACCCGUUGGUUGACGGCAGACAGCACUAGCAGCAACAUGCCUUCUACUGGGAUACCAGGUUUUCCCACUGUAGUAACUAUUGGAGACCGUAACUAUUCCCAGCAAGAGGCCAUCCAGUCUAACGAUGCCCGCCACAUUUUCAGGCUGCGUGAUAACGCCAAUGGCCAGAAUAUGGUAGCGCAUUGUUUCCGUAAUCACUCUCCAAAUAUCAGCCAGAUAAUGAAGAAAGCAUGCCAUUUGCUACAUCUUGACCAUGAAAAUGUGGUCCGCUACUAUUUUGUGGGAGUAAUGCAACCAGACUGGUUAGGCGUAAUUGCGGAGCAUUGCAACAUGCCGAAUUUAUCCCAUUAUGAAGAGCGAUUGGCAGUCUUCGAAGCACUGCAAAUCGGAAGAAGCAUAUUGGAGGGUCUUGCUUAUCUCCAUAGUAACGGCGUAGUGCACGGUGAAUUAACGACCGACAGCAUUCUGUUAUUCCCGUCCGAGCGCGAUAGCUUUCCUUUGCCGAAAAUUUCCCUGGUAGAAUGCCUUGAGAAAGAAAAUGUGCCACAAAACCUUUUGCAAGAUAUCUGCGGAAAAAUAGAGGAAAAUGGUAAUCUUCAGUACAGCUCCGCCAAUCGGAACUACAAAAGCGAAAAUGGAAAAGAGUUUAGCAAAUUGGACAUAUGGUCGUUUGGAGAACUGAUGAUACACAUUCUAGAAAAAGUGCCGACCGAAGAUAUGAAAGCGGAGAGAGAAGCAUCCGCCAAUCCUUACUACACCCAAGACACACUUCCGCGCCUUGUCAAGGACAAUGCAGCGCUACAACGGCUAUCAUCAAAAACCCCGCCGGGCAUUUAUGAUCUUCUGCACUUAUGCUUCCGCAGCCAUCCCAGCAAUCGGCCAACCGCACAGGUACUCAAAGGACACUAUAUCUUUGCGGCUGACGCAUCAGUGGAAAAAAAAGAAAUUGAGUGUCGAAGACGCAUACAGCAGUACUUGGGAUCAGAAUAUUAUUACUGUAUUUUCGAUGCUGCCAAUGCCUUUUUCUAUACCAAAUUUUUACGACUAGAACGGCGAACCCAGCAGGUGACAACACGUAUUAUAACUGUUGAUCACGCAAGAGAGCAGACGGGCAAUACUUUAAUUUGGGAGAAUAUUUAUGACUGCUCACUGGAUCCCCAUGCGUAUCCGUCGGAUUUCGUCUUUCUCGAAGAAUUACGCACAUUUAACGAGAAAGAUGUGAAACAACUCACCCAUAUACGACAUCAAUCGAUUCUUCCCCUUCUGGAAUGCCAUUACCGAUAUGUUGCAGAUUACGUCAGCGUUGUCUACAAACUGGCUUACGAUCCUGACUGCUGCUGCUUGCAACGUCUCCUCGAAGCAGGUGUUGAAUUUUCCUGGAACUGCAUAAGGACAUACAUCAGACAGCUUAUCGAGGGUUUGGUCUUUUUGGAGCAGAAACAAACCCGUAUCAGUAUGACACAGCACUGCGGGGUUGUGCUGUGCGAAAGACAUCCAACUGGCACAUUCCUGAGGGCGAAGAUACACGCUGCCUACUUCCUGGAUUCGAUGCUGGACAUCAAGUUUCAGACGCACAAAAUGAGCGAGGUUGACCUCAUGCCCCAUACUGAAUUUGCGCGCUUCAUGCCACCGGAGCAUGCCAACCUGCCGUCCUUGGCCAUGGCUCUCACCGCAUCGGAACCCCAACAAGUGUGGGGAAUCGGGCACAUCCUGCUGAUGCUAGCCAUGGGUCCAUAUCUCCGCUUUGAAAAAACGACAGAAGAUGGCUGCAAUGAAAGUCGUGUGGUUGAUGGAAAGGUGCCGACAGAAGAAAUCGUGGAUUUGCUGCGCAGUGGAUGGUUACCAUAUGUACCGAACGCUCUUCCACCCAAUGCCAAAAAUAUUAUCAAAUCUUGUUUUCUCCCCCAAGACGAGCGGCCUUCGCUGGAAAGCCUGCUUUGUUCGCAGCUUUUCCAGGUGGCGAUGCCGAUGGAAGUGGUCCUGCAAUCCAAUACUAAACCAGUUUUUACUAUGCGUCCGGUAACAGAAGACGAAUUGCGCGCAUUCGAGCAAUGGAAGCGCAACCCAGCAACCAAUGGGACUGAAAUUAAACCAUGCAUUUUAGCUGCAAGUACUGCCGCAUCGAUUCGGAAAAUUAUGUGGUCCUAUCGCAAUCUAGACACAGAUCGCCCUAUUGCGGUGCAUUUGCGCACCGCUGCUCCAUUCGAAAAUCUGAACGCUCUAACAGCGGUGUCUGACCUUGUUCUCGAUUUGACUGUCGAGAAUGUACCUCAGUUCAAUUGCAACUUGCUCAGUACGAUCAGCUUGCCCAAUCUGCUUAGCCUGCGAAUAAUGAACUGCUCUGAUAUUGUAUUGCGCCCAGGUGUUCUAACCGCUUUCCCAAAAUUGCGCUGCUUAGAACUUCCGCGUUGUACUUUGGCAGAAUUCAGUGAAGCUGUCCUUGUGCAACUGACGCAGCUGGAAAUGUUGACAUUCUCCGAUGGGCUUGCCGAGGACGGGACAUUCGCAAAUGCGUUUACCACAAAGAUUUGCAUGGCAGAGGAGUAUGCAUGGUUAAAAGAAUAUCUGCGCACCCACAGCGGCUUGGUUCAGCCACGUGGUGAAGGAGAUAUUUGGCGCUAUCGCAGUGUUUGGAGCAGACCCAAUUUAGGAUUCUCGUUCAGCAGCUCCGGUAACGAUUGCUCACCAGUGAACCAAAUGAAGGUGGCUAAAUGCAUCCAAGUUGGACUCUUCGGAGAAUUCCGGAUACCACCAAACUCCGACCAAAGUGCCGAUGUGCCGAUUCUGAAUAAAAUUAUUCAGACUGACAGACUUCAUCCUGAAUAUUUGGAAGCUGUAAAAAUGAUGUGCGACUUGAACCAUCCGAAUAUUUUGGCCAUACAUUUGGCUGAAGCGUCAUCGAUAGGCGGAACACUGAUUCUAUCCAUGGAUUAUCUUCAAGCCGGGUCACUUGGGGAUCAUCCCUUUAAAUACGAAGUGUCGCAAAAGUUGCCGACAAUAGUAAACUUUAGCAAAGAAAUUCUAUUUGGACUGCAGUAUUUACAUAAAAUGAACAUUACACACGGCUCGCUUCAUCCGUGGAAUGUGAUGUUGCAACCUGUUGCCGGAACAACUCAUUUCAAACCUAAACUCAGCGAUUAUGAUAAUAACCCGCAGCGAGUAUUUAGAACCGAUAAGGACCGUUGCAAUCUUAUUUCCAUGUGUGCUGAAAGGUAUAUCUCUCCCGAAAUGAAGCGCGGCUUCAGUGAAUUGGACCUUAAUAACUUAAAUACCAGCGCAGACGUUUGGAGUUUCGGGCAGAUCAUCCUGUUUUUAUUUCUGAACCGCCAAGCCUAUCUUCAACAAGAAUCUUCAACAGGCGAGUUCUACAAUUGGGAGAGUAAUGCGCUGUUUUCAAGAGAGGACCACAAAACAUGGUCUCCGAUGCCUCCUCCUUGCAUGCCGCCCGCUUUUCUUGACGUGCUUUAUUUAACAUUCGAAGAUAGCCCUUGCAACAGACCGUCAGCUGAUACGCUGCUCCAUCACUACAUUUAUGUUGCACCACAUUCAAUGGAUUCAGAACCUUCGCGAUUAAUUAGGACCGAUAUCAAAUCAGCUCUCACCACAUUUAGCUGCCCUCCAAGUCUGGAAAUUGGACCGUUAGAGCGUGAAAGCUUCAAUUCGUGUGCGGUAUUCAGUCAGAUAACCAAAGAAUGGACCAACGCACCACUUUUAGAUCUAGAACGAGCAAGUAUCCGAUUAGAGAUCCCAAACCUCAUGCAGUCAGUUACAUUCAGCCAUCCCUGCGUGACUCAGUUAAUCAACAUGCAUAUCGAAACCUCACAGACACUUCGUUUCGCAGCGUCGUUUUUAUCUGAGCGCGACGACAUUAACUUAACGUGGCACUUGAAUCAGUUCAAGAUCUCAUGGACGGAAAUUCGAUCGUACUGUCUGGAUAUUUUGAGUGGGCUGCAAUAUUUAGCAGAGAAAAACAUAAUCUGCGAUCCGAUUGCCAUUCAUUCGAUUCGCUUAUGCAACAAACAUACCUGUGGCAUAUAUCAAAGAGCAAAGUUAUUUGCUAUUCUACCGGUUCUGAGCAGUCUUGACGCUGACGAUCGACUUCGUUUGCUCGGAAAGUAUUAUUCGUAUUGGUAUGCUCCGGAAGAGAUCGCCGGCUAUACUAAGGAUUUCGUCCACAGGACAAAUAUUUGGCAUUUUGGACAUACACUGUUGGAUAUGACAACCAUAAUCUCUGAAGAACGGUACGUUGCAGAACCGGGAUGCUUAGCCGAUACGAUGGGACGGCCGAUAAAUGGUGUUCACAUCCCAUACUACAGUGAUCCACUGCCAUGGCUGCGAAAUCAAUACAAGCCCUGGAUUCCAUCAUACCUUCCGGAUAGACUUCAAAGCGUCAUCCGACAGUGUUUCCAGGAAGCUGCUUUACGUCCCACAGCAGCACAAUUAAAAGGCGCCGAUAACCCAAACGAGUCUUUGUUUCUGUGUUCCCAUGCUAUUCCGAGAAAAUUUCUCCAUUCGCAUGUUUUACCGGAAUUUUCCAUUCGCCCAAUGAGCAGCAGAGAGCUUGUCAAAAUGCGAACCGGGAAUAUUUUGCUGUCAAAUCCGGAUACAACGGAGCCAUCAGAAAUGGUCAAGUAUUUGUGGUGGACUGUUGUUCCAACUGAUUUGUUAGCGGGCCCAUUCCUGUUGCUGAAGUUGCGCAAUUUAGAUCGCGAUAUUCCCAUGGCCAUAACAAUAACAAGCUCCGUUCUCUUGGAUCAGCAGUUCUUUGCGCCCAUUUCGGACGUACUAUUGGAGCUCAUUAUCGCCGACAUCCCAGAAUUCAACUGUGAAGCACUCCAGGGUCUGCGUCUGUGCAAUGUACUAACACUUCGGUUUGAAAACUGCUUCAAGGUCAAAAUUUCCACAAAUCACCUGAUCGGCUUUAUCAGGCUUAUGAGCUUGGAGUUUCAUAACAGUACCAUUUCUGAUUUUGAGAUAAUAUCAGGGAACCAUCUGUCAAGUCUGUACAAUCUCGAUCUGACCGGUAACACGAACUGGCCAGAGAUCGUCGACAAAGAUAUCAUCGACACAUUGCGGGAAUAUGUUGAACGCCUUCUCGUCCAUGAUGCCUUUACAGCUAUCCGUGCUCUGAUUGAAAGUAGACGAUAUCUUAUCAUUAAGAAACAAAGUGGGAAGGUGUGGCGCUAUGGCAGUGAGAAAGAAAGUUCCCCAAAUCUGGGUCACCUGGAUUUUCUACUUUAAUGUCCAUCACGCCCGCAGUUCCGUUACCCCGUCGACAAGCAUCGAUUUUCAUUUAUCUGAAAAUUACUUUUUGUCCUAAUGUCCUCCUUGUCUAGAGGCACGAUGCAAACUGUCCGCGACUGACUUACCUGUCCAAACACACUCGGAUCUGGUGACCCUAUGUGCAAGAGCUCGGAUCUGGCGACCCUAUGUGCAAGUUUUUGAUCCCGUCCCGACGUAGAAUGCACGAAAUAAUUUCGCUUGAGGCUAUUGUGCCGAAGUAGGAACAAUUUGCGCCACAACAACUGUUAGGCUAUUUUGCUGUGCUUCUUGUGUCUGACCCUUGCCCUGUUUGAAUCAGCGCCGCCCUCUACCGGAUAUGUAUCCUCAAUUGAACACCAUGUCCGUUAGCGGUUGAUGUAACCGCCAACCGUUUAGAGUUGCUGUCCGAAACAGCCACUGCGAAUUUUCAAGGUUGACGGUUACACGUGAUUGUUAGGGCAAGCAUCCACAGUUGACGGUUACAUCAACUGCUAGUGUGUUUCGUACUAAAUUUAACGUUUCAAAAAGACUGCGCUUUCGACUGAGUGUUGAGCACCUUAUCUUGGAGUUACGACCACCAUAAAGCUUCUAAAGUGCCAUAUCGGCAUUAAGCUUUG